AUGCUGUUCCGUCCCACUGUCCUCGUGCAACAUAGAUACAUUGGCUUGACAAGAACAGCACCCCUUCUCACAACCGCUCUGGUUCCCAGAUCAGAGAUACAUCAAACACCAAGAACCAGAGUAUGUUUCGAGUUACAGGCUGGGAAGAAUAAUACUGACUUUUAUGUUCUCCGCGUUGUACCGAACUUUAGGGGAGCUCAGUCGAAGAGUGCACAGCGGACCCGGAAUCUCCGCUAUCGUCUCCUGAAAGUUGUGGCCUUUAUUGGGGAUAGCUCUGCUCUGACCCCAGCAAAGUCGAGAUCAAGAGUCAUCUCAAGUGGCCACGCUCUGGCUCUCUACAAGGCAGCGAUUCACAAACUAUCUACGGCUUGUACCAAGGAUCUAUGCAGUGCCAGCGUCUUUUCUACAUCAUCGGUCGACCACGCCCCAGACGACAUUCCGCUACUGCCCCAGGUCACACACAAAGUGCAAGGUGGCUCGUGGAAAUACGCGGUUAUUCGUCUUUGCGCGCUGUAUGAGUACCGCGAUAGUGUCCCAUCAUGA